GCGCGCGCGCGCGCGCGCACACACACAUAUACGUAGACGCCGCAUUGGCCGCUGGAUCGUAUGUCGUCGCCAUAUUGGACCGGGCAACUUGCCAUAACCCAAUAACUCUCGGAAAACUGGACUGGGAAAAAGAUGCCUGACUCGUGUGCAGCUUGGGGCUGUACAAAUCGUCGCACAGUCCAAACCAGAUCUCGGGGAAUUACCUUUCACAAGUUUCCCAAAGCGAAAGAGUUGAGGAGGCAGUGGGAAGUAGCUGUAAGAAGGGAAGAUUUUUCCGCCAGUCAGUCGUCCCUGCUCUGCAGUGAGCACUUCAAGCCGGAGGACUUCGACAGGACCGGUCAGACUGUCAGGAUUAGAGAUGGAGCUAAACCAUCUGUCUUUAUUUUCCCGACUCAUAUCCAAAGACCAGUGGCAACCAGGACAACACAAGCCUCAAGGAAGGCUGAAGAGAGCCUGUCAGUGGACUGUUCUCUGCAUUUCCAAGAGACUGAACCUCUGCCUAAUGUUGACCACUCCUAUGCAUUGCCUGCAUCUCCCACUGGUCUAAAGGCCAGACUCAGUGAAGCCUUGGCUAGGGUGGAGAGUCUGGAGCGAGAGAUGAGGAACGCAAAGGACCGAGAACGGAGGGCAAAGAACACAGUGCAUGGUCUUCUGGAGGAUCUGAGGGGGAAGAACCUCAUAAAUGAAGAGCUGAAAGAGAGGCUCAAUUUCUACUCAGAUCUUCCAAUAGACCUCCUGUCAAAACAGGGCCAUGAGUUCACAAAAGACCAGAAGGAGUUUGCCCUCACUCUCCACCUACAUGGUCCAAAAGCAUAUAACUAUCUGAGAGAGUCUCUCCAUCUUAACCUCCCAAAUCCACAUACAUUGCAAAGGUGGAAGAGUUCCGUGGAUGCCAAGCCUGGCCUCAACAUGAUGAUGUUGGACAUGUAGAAAAGAAGACAAGAGGAAGACUCUUAAAUUAGUGGCAACUCACGAAAAAUCUGUGCAAAACAGUUCUGUUCCAAGGGUUUUAGCUCCCAUCCCCGUUUUGUAAAAGAGCAUAACUUGUACAGGACAAAAUGUAGAAACUUGCACAUCAGGUAGAGCCUUGAGCAUUUUUUUGUUUUGAAUGAGGCUCUUUUACUCAGACCAUGGAUCUUUUCUUUUCCCUUUGUUUUCUUGUCUUUCUGAGGGAGGACAACAAUGCCAUAAUUUUGUGAGAUCUCAAAUGGCCCUUGAGUGUUGCACAGUAUCAGUCUGUUGUGUUGUUUAGUAUUAAUAUAUGCUGCUUUUCAUCCAAUAUUUUUAAGAGGAAAAGGAAAGCCCUUCACUUUUUUUAACCGGUCAAAAUGUCUUAACCACUUAGUUGUCCAUAUUUGAAUCAAUAUCAUAUUGAGGACUGAUUCUUGCAAUGUUUGGCGUAUAAUUGCACAAUAUACACAUGUAUACAGGGAUGUCUCCACAAGUAUUAACCAAGAAAAAUAAGCUAAAUUCAUGCUUGACAAACGUGAGUUUUUACAAUUCCUUAUGACAAUGAAUUAUUUUCCACCACGUAAGUAAUUCAGUUCAUGUAAACCUAACGUUGAUACACACUCCUCUCUUGAGCGUCGAGCAGCGAUUAUAGCCUAACUAUCAAGAUUUUAAGUAACUGGAGACAAAACCUUUUUUUGUAGCCUACUCCACGUAGAUCAUAAACACUUGAAUAUAAAAGCGACUCAUUGAAAUCGGUUGAGAAAUGUAAACAUUAUGGUGCUUUUUAUCCAGAAAAACCGCAGCUCCCCCGUUGACUUCCAUUUGUUUUCAGGCCAGUCUUGCCUGGACCAAGAUGGCGGCGACGGUGACGUCUCGCAGCAGCCGGCUGAAGCAGCCAAUGCAGCGUUUACGUAUGCGUGUCUGCGCCCACACCAAUAAAGUUAGAGUGCGCAGCUAGAUUUGAAACACUGAAUAUGAAGCGCCAGAUGACCAGCUGGCUGUAGCCUUACAAAACAGGUGCUACCGUGUGCACAAGUUGCAGGACCAAUUUUGCAUUGAGGAACAGACAACCUUUCCAUCACAAUGCCCACGUCUUUAUACUUAAAAUAUGACAUUCUAACCUCCGACUGGAUAAUGUGUUGGAUCGGUAAGGACAAAAUGUAUUUACCAUAGCUUGCACGAUUUUUAGACUCUUGCAAAUACAACUAACCUGAAAGCAUCAAAUAUUUAGCUUGAGCCUUUCAGUUAUGAGUUUGCCUGUGUAUAAGCAUAUGGCUUUAUUCAUACUCCCCAGUAUAAUAAAAGGUACUUCUGUUCAAGCUGGAUUUUAACAAACCUGUAACCAUUUGCCUUUUUUGCUCACAAUAAAUCCAUUUGCAAUGCCA